CUUUUUACUACAAUACCUCGGAUACACUCUAAUUAGUAAUGCCCAAACCCUAAACAAAAAUAAUAAUCUAUAAGUUACAAUCUCAUGCCAUUAACCUCACUCAAUUAUUUCAUGUACGGAAUUAGAAAUUCACACAAACCAAAAACGAAGAUAAGAUUCAAACUUUCAUCAAUCUUCACCUUUGUCUCUUCAAUUCUCUCUAAAAAUAUCUUACCUCACAAUUAUUCCUCUCCCAAUAUGGCAAUGGAAGAAGCACCACAAACUCCCCUCUGCCACAUAGUAGCCAUGCCUUACCCUGCAAGAGGCCACAUCAAUCCCAUGAUGAACCUAUGCAAGCUCCUAGUCUUCAACAACAAAAACAUCCUCGUUACCUUUGUCGUCACGGAAGAAUGGUUAAGCUUUAUCUCAUCCGAUCCAAAACCCGACAACAUUAUCUUCCGUUCGAUCCCCAACAUUAUUCCUUCCGAACUCAUUCGCGGUCGCGACCACCCUGCUUUCAUGGAAGCUAUCAUGACAAAGAUGGAAGAACCAUUUGAUGAGCUACUUGACAAACUUGAUUACUCUCCUUCAAUCAUUGUACAUGAUACCAUGUUGUAUUGGGUUGUUGUCGUCGGAAACAAAAGGAAUAUUCCGGUAGCAUCGUUUUGGACAAUGUCUGCUUCGAUUUUCUCGGUUUUCCUACAUCAACAUCUUUUGGAACAAAAUGGUCACUACCCCAUCAACAUCUCAGAAAAUGGCGAUGAGCGUGUGAAUUAUAUUCCCGGAAUUUCCUCAACGCGCCUAGCUGAUUUACCUCUAAACGAUAAUAGUAACCGAAGCAAGCGAAUGAUGCAAAUGACUUUGAAAGGUUUUCAAUGGAUUCACAAAGCACAAUAUCUUCUAUUCACUUCAAUUUAUGAGCUUGAAUCUCAAGCCAUUGAUACCUUAAAAUCAAAAUUAUCCUUACCAAUUUACACUAUUGGCCUUACCAUACCACACCUUAACCUUAAAAACAAUCCCAAACCAAACAUUAACAAUAGUUACAUUGAGUGGCUAGAUUCACAACCUAUUGGUUCUGUUCUUUACAUAGCACAAGGUAGUUUUUUCUCAGCUUCAAGUGAACAAAUUAAUGAAAUUGCAAAUGCUUUAUGUGAAAGUAAUGUUAGAUUUUUAUGGGUUGCUCGUGGUGAAGCUACAAGGUUGAAACAAAUUUGUGGCCACAUGGGAUUGGUUUUGGAAUGGUGUGACCAAUUGAGAGUGUUGUCACAUUCUUCUAUUGGUGGAUUUUGGUCACAUUGUGGUUGGAAUUCCACAAAAGAAAGUGUUUUUGUUGGAGUGCCUUUUUUGACAUUUCCAAUAAAUUUGGACCAACCAUUUAAUAGUAAGAUGAUAGUUGAGGAUUGGAAGAUUGGGUUGAGAGUGAAGAAAGAUGUUAAGGGAGAUAUUUUGGUGAAGAAAUGUGAAAUUGUGAAGAUAAUUUGUGAAUUUAUGGAUUUGGAUAGUGACCUUACAAGGGAUAUUAGGGACAGAAGUAGGAACCUUAAAAAGAUAUGUUGUCAAGCAAUUGAAAAUGGUGGGUCAGCUCAUAAAGAUUUGAAUGGCUUCAUUAGUGAUAUGUUGCAUUAUUCAAAGUUCACAUAUGCUUGAAGGUACGACUUUAUUACCCAUUGUUAGUUGGUUCAAUGGUGAUUGACAUUGAACUUGGUAGGGAGGACCACAAUUUGAUCCCCGCAACUACGAUCGGGAGGAGGUUGAAACUAUUUGAUGUCAGAACUAACCUACGAACCAGAUUAAACUGGUGGUGAAAGUAAAAAAAAGGUCCGGAUUGGAAUGUUCAUGUUCAUCUUCAUGUUUUUUUCAUGCCUAUUCUUGUUUGCUCUUUGUUGAAAUAAAUUACUCCAGUUGCGUGAUGUAUGAAAAGAGUGAAAAGACUAUUUUAUCCCUAAAUUUGUAAUGAUCACUCAAGUUUAUUUUCGUGUGAUGUGUGAAAAGAGUGAAAAGACAAUUUUAUCUCUAAA